CCUUCGCGCACCCUCCCCCACCCCGGAGGCCGGACUGGACCCGACCCAGCGCCGCCAGUGCCCGCUUCUGCCGCUCAAUGGAGGACGGUCUGCUGGAGAUCAUGACUAAGGACGGCGGCGACAUGCCGGCACCCCUGGAGGUGUCCACUGUGCCGGCAGUGGGGGACGUGAUCUCCGGGGAGUACAACGGCGGCAUGAAGGAACUGAUGGAGCACCUGAAAGCCCAACUGCAGGCCCUGUUUGAGGACGUGCGAGCCAUGCGGGGGGCCCUGGACGAGCAGGCCUCGCACAUCCAGGUGCUCUCGGACGACGUGUGCGCCAACCAGCGGGCCAUCGUCUCCAUGUGCCAGAUUAUGACCGCCGCGCCCCGCCAGGGCGGCCUGGGCGUGGUCGGAGGUAAGGGGAGGUUCCCCGACGCCCCCCAGGAGCCGGAGACCCUUUCGUCUGACAGCGGCUUGCUGGGUCGCGAUCCUGAGGACGAGGAGGAGGACGAUGAAGAAAAGGAGAUGCCCGGCUCCGCCACACCCACCAGUCACCGUGAGCGCCCGCAGAGCCCCUGUGCUGGUCUCCUUUCGGCGGACGGACCACUUGUGGAGCCCCUCGAUCUGCCCGACAUCACCUUGCUGCAGCUGGAAGGCGAAGCCUCCCUGUGAGAGGACUCCAAGGGGCACUGCUUUCCCGGGGAGACUUCGGGUUUCCAAGUGCAUGACGCGAGGGGACUGAACGGCGGCGGUGCAGCAGGCUUCACUCCGACCGCAGCUCCAGUGGGUCAGGCAGAGAGAGACUCCCUCCGGAAAGACUUUAUAGGGCAAAGCACUCUGGGAGCAUCGAGAAUUCUUUCUGCCUAACCAAGCGAGACAACGACCUGCAGAAAGGUGAGGUUCCGGGAGAGAAAGCACCCUUCUCUGGACUGCCCUUCAUCCCUGCCCUGCCCUUUCCCCUUCCCCAGCCAACAGGAGAACACCCCUGAAUUAUGUAAAUAAAAUUCUGCUUUUUCUAUUCUGAAAAAGGACUUAUCUAGGACUGUGACAAAUAAUCUCUAAUAAUUUGCUUAGAAAUUAAUGCACUGGGGUUACUCUGUUCUGGCAACAGAAAAUAUACCCUUCUGCUGAAAUCCAAGAUAUUCAGCGCUCUGCAGAAGCCUCUCCCCCUUCACAGAUCUCUGCGGCUGCUGAUUGGUAAAGGAAGCUUGAGGAGGGAACUGCAGCACUAGGAAUCUGGGUGAAUGAGGUUCCUAGGGCCCCUGGGCUGGGAGGAGCUGGCUCUCAAUGUGCAUGAAGACUUAAUAGCUCAACCUCUAGGAUUUUGCAUGCAGAGCGGAUCCUGCCUUGUCACUGACUUCAUCUGGGAUUGCUUUAUCCACUCACUGGGGCUUAGAGAACAAAAAGCCCAGUUCACAGGCAGAGACUUGGGGGUACGCAGCAAAAGUCCAGAUGUAGGGGACCUUUGAGGGACUCUUGGCGGCAGGUAAAAACUGUCUCCUGGCUAUUCCCUCUCAACUUCAGCUCCUCCUGUCAAUACGUCCCUGCCCACUGCCUCUCGCUGUUAACUCCAUUAUGUCUUGUGUGUGUUAUGUGUGUCAACUUGUGUAGUAGUGUGUGAGCCCUGAGGGGCAGGGCUGUGGCUCUGGUGUUAGGUUCAGUGGGCUACAAGCCCUACUGUUAGUCCCAGGUUAUUGUGGCGCUUUCCCCUUUCCUUUUCUCUUUUCCCUUCCAACCAGGGCGUGGAGCAUGUGGCUGUCCUGAGGUUCUUAACUGAUGUGCCUCCCUUCCAUCUCCUUGAGUGGUGACUUUGUGUGCCCUUCCUCCUUCUCUGUGUAUUCCUUCUCAAUGCUUUCCUUGGUGUUAACCUUAAUAAAAAGGCAUCAUCUCCCCUCCUUGCUGACUGG